AUGUCGAGUCGUCAUUCCCGUAAUCUUAGUGCAUCACUUUAUAUUCGUGGACUUGCUGAAAAAGUCCGUUAUGAAGAUUUAAAGAAAAUAUUUGGACGAUAUGGCCGUAUUGUUGAUAUAACACUUCCAUUAGAUUAUUAUACACGAGAUGCUAAAGGAUAUGGUUUCGUUGAAUAUGAAGAAAGUCGUGAUGCUGAAGAAGCACUCCAUGCACUUGAUCGUUAUCGAUUAUUAGGUCGAGAACUUGAAGUUGAAUUUGCUCGAGGUGAUCGUAAAACACCAUCGGAAAUGCGAUCUCGAGAAAAAGAAGCAAGACAUAGUGGUAGUCGUGGCGGCGGUGGUGGUGGUGAAUUCGGCCGACGCGAUCGAUCACGAAGUCGUGAUCGUCGUCAACGAAGUGGUUCACCGGUUGGAAGAGAUCGACGCCGAGGUGGAACUCGAUCACGUUCACCAUAUUCACGUUCACCUGUACCACGACGAGGUGGUGGUGGUGCAGCUGCUGGAAGUCGUUCACGUUCAAAAUCGAAUUCACCAUCUUAUGGUAAACGUAAUGGUGCAGGCGGCGGUAGUACCAGUGGUGGUGCUCGUCGUAUAAGUCGAUCAAGAUCACCACCAGAUAAUUAA